AUGGAGGAAAACGAUGAGGAAGCCAAAAGAAAGGCGGAAGAAGCAAAGCUGAAAGAGGAGAUCCGACAGAAGGAGGAAGUCAUGCGGAAGGCAGAGGAGCUGAAGGAGGAGAUCAAGAAGAAAGAGGAGGAGGAAGCCAAACGGAAAGAACAAGAAAUGCUGAAGGAGGAAAUCCGCCAGAAAGAGGAGGAGGAAGCCAAGAGGAAGGCAGAAGAAGAAAGGCUGAAAGAGGAGAUCCGGCAGAAGGAGGAAGCCAUGCGGAAGGCAGAGGAGCUGGUGAUCAGGAAGAAAGAGGAGGAGGAGGCCAAGCGGAAGGAGCAAGAAAGGCUGAAGGAGGAAAUCCGCCACAAAGAGGAGGAGGAAGCCAAGAGGAAGGCAGAAGAGCUGAAGGAGGAGAUCCGCAAGAAAGAGGAGGAGGAGGCCAAACGCAAGGAAGAAGAAAGGCUGAAGGAGGAGAUCCGCCGGAAAGAGGAUGAGGAAAACAAGAGGAAGGCAGCAGAAUACAGGCUGAUGAGGAAGAAAGAGGAGGAGGAAGCGAAGCGGAAGGCAGACGAAGAGAAGAUGAAGGAGGAGGAAUUCAUGCAACGCAGAGCUGCUUUGGAACGACAGCUGGAGGAUUUGCGGAAGAAGGAGGAAUCCAUGAGGAUGAAGAAAGCUCAGGAGGAUGAGGAGGAAAACAGGAAACGUGCGGAGGAAGAAACAAAGAGAAGGGAAGAGAUCAGGAAACAGGCGAAGGAAGCAGAAGAAGAAGAGGUCAAGAAACAGGAUCAGGAAAGCCUCAGGCUUAAGGAAGCAAAGGAAAAGGCCGAAGAAGAGCUGAGGAAAGAGGAGAAGGAGGAAGCAAGUCGCGAGGAGGAAAAGAAGAAAAAGGAGAAGGAUGAAGCCAGUCGCAAGGAGGAGGAAGAAAAGUUCAAGAACACGAUCGAGGAGCUCAAGAAAGAGGAGGAGGAGGAAGCCAGUCGCAAGGAGGAAGAAGAAAAGACCAGAGAGGAGCUCAAAAAAAAGGAGGAGGAAGCCAUGCACAAGGAGGAAGAAAACAAGGAAGGGAUCAGGAAAAAAGAGGAGGAUGACAUCAGGUGCAACACGGCCCCUUUUCAGGGAGCCGAUGCCAGUGACGAGCUGCGACAAAAACUCAGGAAGGAGAGGGACGAAUUGGAACGACGGCUCGUGAUGCUCCAGAAGGAAGCCAAGCGCGAAAAGGAGGAAGAAGAAGAGGCCAAAGAGGAGAUCAGGAAAAAGGAGGAGGAGGAAGCCAAAUGCAAGGAUGAAGACAACAAGGCCAAUGAGGAGAUCAGGAAAGAGGAGGAGGAAGGCACUCGCAAGGAGGAAGAAAAAACGGCCCAGGAAGACAUCAGGAAAAAGGAGGAGGAGGAGAAAAGCAAGGAUAAAGAAAGAAAGGCCGAAGGGAAUCCGCUGGAGCAGGACAGCUACCAAGACGAACGGGAACGACUUCUGCUGGAGCUGGAUCGACUGAAAGCAGAGAAGAAAAGACGUCAAGAGGAAAUCCAGCGAACGGUGAAUCUGCAGUCCAAGAUGGACUCAGCAAGUGUGCAAGAAGAGAUGGCGAAAGUCAGGGAGCAGAUCGAGAAGGAAGAGGAGGCCCUGAGGUCCAGAGUGGAUGACGAGGAGAACGUGAAGAAGCAGUUGGGAUGGACCAAAGCUGUGAAGCAGGAGAUCCCCGAGAAGGAAGAGAAGGAUGAUCGGAAGAAGAAGGAUGAACAAGAAAAAAGUGCGGCUCAGAAGGAAGAUGAAGAAGGAAAAAGUGCGGAUCAGAAGCCGGCUGUCCAAGAACCGCCGAAGCCUGCAUGCAACAGACGGCAGACCGCGAUGUUUCUCAAUCGCCUGAGAAAGAAUCCGAAGAGGCAGGAAAACCUGCCGGAAGGCCUGAAGGAGAAGCUUGCAAAGGAGGACGACGACUCCGUUUCGGAGUUGAUCACCCAGCUUAUGGAGCAUGGGGGCGACUUGCAGGAGCUGUGCAGCAGCUACGAGCGGCAAGUCGUGAAGGAGGUCAGCAGCCAGGAGCUGACGAAUUCAGCUCCGUUCACGGAGCUGGAACUGGUCCAGAAAUACGGAGAGCGGGCGAAAGAUGUCAUGAAAGAGAAGGAAGCCAGCGGAGAUUGGGCCGAAGAUCCAAACCUCCGAGGCUCCAAGAUCUUCUACCUUUGCAAGACUGAGAGGAACUGGGGGACUUCCGACAUCGAUCGACAGGUCCUGGGCACCCGCAUGAAGGUUGAUCGAGAUGACCUGCCUGCUGUGAAAGAUGUUAUGCGCCCCGAACCGAGUGGUCUGAAACGACGGCUUGGAGAGCCGUCAUCGUCCUCGACUCCGUCGCCUUCUCCUAAGCCAUCAUCGGCUGCGACGCCCGAUCCGACGACGCCAGCUGCAGUGUCAGAGAAGGAGAUCCAGCCAGCAUCCAAGAAGCCGAAGAAGAGGACUCUGGAGAACAUGACUGUGCUCGACAAAGGGGAGGACCUGGCGAAGAAAUGCCUGGCUGGGUCUACGUUGGCCAGCAAGCUGAAGACGGAGAUGGAAGCGAAUCCCUAUGGCAAGGAUUUGCUGACAGAUCUGGGCAAUGCCGAGACCAACUUCAAGUGCUCCGAUCGCACUUAUAGUCUCUCUCGUAGGGGGCUGUUUCGAUUCGAUUCUGCCGCAAUCAUGCAUGCAUAUUCACACGCCAGGAAGCUGUACAACGAUGUGAAGGCAUUGUUGAGAGCCAAAGUGGAAGCGGAGGAGAAGUACCUCCCUUUCGGGAAGCAGUACGUGCUGCUGCUGCAAGACAUGGAAAGGCCGAAGGAAGCAGCUGAAAGCCUCACAAAAGCCGCGAACAAGAAGGCCAAUAAGUCCGCAUCCGGCAAGAAGCGCAAGGGUGCUCCAAAGGAGCAGUGA